AAAAAGUAUACAAACCACAUCAUUUGAAUAUAUAUAUAUAUCAACCCACUAGGUCCAGGGCCUUGAUUAUCACACAUCCAAGAAGGAGUUUAGAGUCAGCGGAUUUCGUUUCACAGUCCACAUUGUCCAUUGUCAUGCCUGACUAGCGGACUUGAGAAAUGUCAAAACAGAUGAGCUGAAUCAAGAUACAAAAGAAAACUCGUUGGAAUUUGGGCUCUCUAGAAGGCAGCGAAAUCCUUUGAGCUCACCAGAAAUGUAGUUUAAGGUUGCUUUCUCUGCUGUUCCCAUUGUUACCAUAACGUGGCCCUCUUGCUUGGAGUGUCUCUCAAUUCAUAGGGCUAAACAAGUUUUACCUUGGAUUGGCAAGGAAAUAUAUCUAUUAUGUUAGGAUCUAGAAAUCCUAGUGCACUAUUGCUAAGUUAAUGAAUGUGGUCGGCAUGCAGUCUACGACGUCGUUGGGUUGAAGAUUCUCUAAUUGCCCGUGCAAUAUCAAAACGAACCACAGCAACCUUCCCUUCGAUGUUACUGGACUUCAAAGUGAGAAUAUACAGCCUCCACAGCACAGGGAACCCUGAGCUGGUCUGAUCACAGUUAAACCCAUGCUCCUUCAGCCACUUCGCUGCAACUAGCAAGCUGAACUGUCAGCUUUAUCUAACAGACUGCUCAAACCUUCAUCAUAUCAAUCACCCUUCUCUUCUUAAUUACUGCUCAUCAGAUACACCAGCUUUACUUUCAUCAUCACAGGCAACAUAACAUCUACUGAAUACACCGCUAGCCUCAAGGAGCUUCGAUUUCCUCCCCAUAUCAAAAUGGCAGAAGCCGCUCCUCCAAAGCGAGACGCUGACGUCCGUGUGCUGCCUCUACCUGAGCCGUCAAUCGACCAUUCUCCUCACCUAUGGAAGUUCACCUCGACUGAUCUCCUACAGAUCUACGUCGGCUCGCAGAGUGGGGUGCAGCGUAUUUUCAAUGUCCACGAGGGACUGCUCAAGUCCCAAUCUCUCUUCUUUCGCGGCAUGCUGCGCAACAACUUUCCCGAAACUAGAGAUCGUGUGAUCAGACUUCCAGACGACGACGUCAGGACCUUCGCUGUGUUUCUUCAGUGGCUGUACACCGGGAAAUCUCAUGACGGAGAAAUCUCCGGUAGUAACAUCGAUCUUUCGCAGCCUGAAACUGAAUUGCCCUUGACGGACUUGCGCACGGAGCAGUUCAAACGCCACGAAGCACAUCUGCUCGAACCCAAAAAGAAAGGAGCAUCCAGCAGCGUGCGCCUACUAUUCUCAUCCUAUAUCUUCGCGGACAAAAUCCAAGCCCCCUGGUUCAAAAACCACAUCCACAACCAACUCAUCGCUGGUGUAACUAGCGUUCCAUGUCCUUUGCUCACCGUAGGUGAUAUUCGCUACGUCUACGCAAAUACACAAGACGGCGAAGAAGAGGAUAGCCUACUUCGACUCUGUUGCCUAGCAAUAUCAUGUGGACCGAACCUGGAUUCUCUCCUGGAGGAUCCUGAGUUUUUGGAGCUCUGUUUUGAGGUUAAGUCGUUUGGGGUGCGGGUAUUGAAACGUUGCAGGACGCGGAUCACCGCACCAGCGGCAGCACCAAAGCCGAAGGGACGAAAGCGCGGCUAAUUUAAGUUCUAGUCUUUCUUCUUUGCUUUGAACUUCUUUCUAUUUUUCGUUUUUGUUAUAUGGUUACUUUCAUCCUUGACGGCUAGAUCAUGCCACCUCCCGCUGGCUAGGCCUAGUUACAAGGGUGUGAAAUGUGCUAGAUUUCUUGAAAUCUGAGCUAUUUUCGGGAUUUUUUCGCGAAUUCACCGGGCGAUGGAGGGGCUCGAACUGAUUUGUUGUGGGCGGCCGUAUAACGAUAACAGGAAAUUCAAAGCGCUUCGAAAAGUUGGGAGCAUCUUCGAUUCAUAAACACAAUGUGAAGUAACCUGGAGAAAUAAAAUCAACUUGGCAUUUACUUCGUAACUAUU